UCUGUCAAACUCGGUCGCGAACUGUUUCAACCCCGACGUUGCACUGUGUAUUUAGUAGACUGCUUGGUGACACAACAGCUCGAUCUAUGUCUGCCAUGGACGCCGAAACCCUACCUGUUGCAGGCCAAGAAGAUCAGAAGAAAGAGCCUCUAAGGAUCGUGCUUCUUGGGAAGAGCGGAGCCGGCAAGAGCUCAAGUGGGAACACCAUCCUCGGGAGACGUGAGUUUAAAUCAGACAUGAGGGUGGUGAGAGUCACUCCACACUGUGAGAAGGGGGACGGGACUGUCAAGGACGUGCCUGUGGAUGAGAAUGGGAAAGUUGAGGACGUUCUUGUCUCUGUUAUUGACACACCCGGCUUUUUUGAGCUAGAUCGUAAGGAGGAAAUAAUGCGAGAGAUUCUCAAGCGUGUCAAACUCCAGGAGCCAGGACCUCACGCCUUCGUGCUUGUAGUCCCUGUAGGACGGAUGACCCAGGAGGAUCGAAAUACCCAGACGCUGAUCGAGGCAAAGUUUGGCCCUAGAGUUUGGGACUACAUCAUCGUGCUGUUCACCCAUGGGGAUCGAUUGGAGGGGAAAACAAUAAAUGACGUUGUUGCAGAGAGCGACCAAAACCUCCGAAACUUCAUACGCAAGUGCAGCGGCGGCUUCCACGUCUUCAACAACAAGAAACCCGAGGAGCAGACCCAGGUGACAAAACUCAUAGAAAAGAUUCAGACCCUGGUAGCCCUGAAUGGAGGGGGGCAUUACCACAACGACCUUUAUCCUGAAGAAGAGAGGAAGAUCAGGAAGAGACAGGAGGCCAUCCUGGCGGAGAGAGAUGAUGAGAUCAGGAUCAAGGAGAGAGAGCUGGAGGAGGAUCACAAGGACAAAGAGCUGGAGAUGAAGAAGAGGGAGCUGUGGAGGAAAGAAGAGGAAAAUGCAAGGCUGGCUGCAGAGAAGGAGAGAAAGAUGAAGUCAAACAUAAGGAUCAUUUUGAGCUCCAUCAUCCUGGUGUUACUUCUGAUUGGUUGGGCUCUCCAAGCACCAAACAUGUGGCCAUUGGCUGUAUUAGCAAUUUUGAUUUGGUGCGUCUUUAAUGGCUUACCAUUUAAUUCAGAAGAACUACCAUGGCUUUCCAAGAAAAAAUUAUACACCGAAACAGCUCUCCUCAAGAUCACCAACGACCUUCUCCGCUCCUCUGAUGCCAGAAAUCUCAACAUCCUCAUCCUACUGGACCUAAGCGCAGCUUUUGACACCAUCAACCAUUCCAUCCUUCUCUCUCGCCUUGAAACCACCUUCAACAUCACCGGUUCUGUACUAGGUCCCCUCCUCUUCAUCAUGUACAUGCUCCCCCUUGGUCACAUCAUCCGCCGCCAUGGUCUCCAGUUUCACUGUUCUGCUGACGACAUCCAGCUCCACAUCGCCACCAAAGCCAUCACUCCUGCCACUCACUCAAUCCUCACUGACGGCAUCACUGAAAUAAAAUCCUGGCUUCAAACCAACUUUCUCAAACUCAACUGCGACAAAUCAGAAGUAAUCAUCAUCGGCCCCAAAUCCCUCAUCAAAUCCACCAACAACUUCUCCCUCACCAUCGAUGGCUCCACAAAUGUCAUUUUGUGGGAGCGGCUGAAAUUCAAACUCAAGUUUCGUUCACAUCUCGGGACUGUAGCGGAAGUUAGGAGGCGACCGGUGAAGAAAAUGAGAAUAAUACAUACCUUAGAAGAGGAAGAAAGCGAGGAAGAAAGGGAGGAAGAAGCUAUAGGCAGAAGAGUUAGCCAAAGACUCAGAAAGAGAAUCAAAUAUAAUUUUGAUGUAGAAGAGGAAGAUUAUUAUUAUGAUGAUGAGAGUGAGGAUGAGGAGGAGGAAGACGACGAGCAACCAGGCCCGUCCGACGGCUCCAACCACAACCAACAACCAAGUGCACACGGCAACAAAGUCUGGAUUGUAGCCUGUGGAGAGAAAAGGGGCUCCCUGGAUGUGGAAAAAUUCCAGAGUGGCGAGCCGUGUAUCGAGUGCGAGGACCAGUGUUUCCGUCCUCAUGAGUUUGAAACCUUCGCCGGGAGAGGCUCGAGUAAAAAAUGGAAAGCAAGUAUUUACUAUAGAAAACGGCCCCUUGACUUCUGGAUGGAGCAAGGUUACUUAAGCACAAAGGGAUUUAAAAGGAGGGGAACUAGGACUGCAAAGAAGAAAACCUCGUCACCAAAUCACUCUGAAGACAGCUCCUCUGAAGGGUCUGAAAAUCAGACCACAGAGGACAGUGAGGACGAUGAGGUUGAAGUUGAAGAUUGGCCUCGUGGCAGUGAAGAACCGUCGAAAGAGGAGGAAGAGGAGAAAGAGAAGGUGGAGUCUGAAAGUGGAGACUCAGGAGGGGAUGAGUGGGAAGAGCCGACGAGAGCGGCACAGGGAGAAGGGGAAGGGGAGAGGUUGAAAGCAUUGCAGAUGGAAGUUAUAGUUAUCAUUGAAAGACAUCCAGAGAUAAACAGCACUUCCAUGUCGGACUGCAUGGAGCACACAGCAGGAGACCGUAGGGGCGAUCUACUGCAUGAGGACAACCGAGAGGAGAGAGAGUUCCCCCCUUCAAGACCCGAUGACCCCUCAGACACAGCGGCACCUCCCGGUGAACCUUUGCAGAUGCCCGUCACAGCCAUCACAAUCGAGGACGACGAGGAGUCUGUAGACGUGACACAGAGUGCUGAGGGAAAAGAAGACGCAGAGAGACGCCGCGGACCUGAAGCGGUCAACUCUCAGACUCCACCUGCAGCAGACAUCGACCCUGAAAUCCUGAUUGAAACCAGAGUGGAAGGGUCCACCCCGUUGCCGUCGACCGGCUGUCACCUGGAUACGAUGGACCUCGAGCAAUUGAAAAAGGAGAAAAUUAAAAUGCAACUGAGAGUGUUGAAGCUGCAGGAGGAAUACUACUCUGUGAAAUUAAAGGAACGUAAAAGGGAACAUCAAAAAUGAAGUAUUCUGCUGCUAGUUCACAAAGUUUGCUGCUUCCUUCUCUUUAGGGGUUAGAGGGUUAGCGCCUGCAGACCUGAGAGUGCGGGUGGGAGUGUGCCGGUGGGGGAGCCCGGUUAUGGAGGGCUUUGCAGGUGAUAAUAAGAAGUCUGAAGUGGAUACACAGACAAGGACAGAUGUCCACAAUCAACCAGAUGUUUGAGCUCUAAGUGGUUUGAAGUGAUUCAUGAGAAUUUGAGACUUUUGACAGGCUUCUUUGUGCACUGAUAUGACGGCACUUGAAAAUGUUACAAUAAACUGGAUUAUUAUGAUUUA